AUGUCAGAAAACACCUCCUUGGACAACUUCCUGACCCUUGAAGAACUGGGACUGCACUCCUCCUCUACCCAGUAUCCUGCCUUCAUUUUUGCCAUUCUGAUGUACACGCUGAUCCUAAUCUUUAACUCUAUGGUCCUCCUCUCCAUUGUGACCAGUAAGACGCUUCACAAACCCAUGUUCCUUCUGCUCUGUAACCUCCCCAUUAGCGACAUGGUUGGAGCCAGUGCGUUCUUCCCUCAUCUGGUCUUCGGCAUAAUCACCAAAAACAGGAUUAUUUCAUACAACAGUUGUAUGUUUCAGGGAUUUCUCAUUCACUUCUAUGGAACGGCUAACUUGCUAACCUUGAGUGCUAUGGCUUACGACAGGUACGUUGCAAUAUGUAGCCCUUUGAGGUAUAACUCGAUCAUGACCAUGCAAACUUUGGUCAAGCUAAUUAUCAUGAUUUGGUUCACCAAUGUGGGGAUUAUAGGCACUUUGUUUGCAUUGCAUGUUAGACUGAAAAUAUGCAGGACGAAAAUUGUAGAUUUGUAUUGCAAUAAUCCAUCUUUGCUCAAAUUGGCGUGUUUUUCUUCAAAUACAAUGCUUAUCAACUAUUAUGGGGUGUUUAAUAUAGUGCUGCUCCAGGGUGGGACUCUGUUGGUUAUAAUGUACACAUAUAUGCAGAUUUUAAGGUUGUGUAUAAUGUCGAAACAGACUGAAGUGAGGAGCAAGGCGGCACAGACCUGCAGCUCUCAUUUAGUGUCGUUUUUAGUUCUACAAAUUAACACAGUGAUAGCGCUUUCUGCCCAUCGGCUCACAAACGCCUCUUCGUUCCUGAGGAGGUCCAUGGGGGUGUCAGUCGUCAUAUUCCCGCCCUUUCUCGACCCCAUCAUCUACGGACUCAGCUCCCGGGAAAUCAAGACUGCUUUUUUUGGGUUACUCAAGAGGAAUAGAAAGUAA